ACUUCCCCAUGAAUUCCCUCAACACUGAAAACUACAGCCUAUAAAAAAGUCGUCUCCGUUCCGUUCCUUCUUCAUGAAAUUCUACACAGCCCAUUCAUUCAAACACCUCUUUUUUUCUUUUUCCUACUUUUCUUAUAACCGCUGAAUACCUGUCCAGAUUCACACUCUCAUUCUCUUCCCGGUACAGUUAAGCUUUCUUUUGUUGAGUCCCUGUUAGUUCCGCCGCCACGUUUUUCUGUUUGCUUAUUAGAUCUCUGGGGAGAUUUUUCUUAAAAAUUUUGCAACUCUUUCGUUUUUCUCAAGAUUUUUCUUGUUGAUAUCAGUUCGCUGAGGCUUUUUGUGGUUCAUUUCCCUGAUUCUUGAGAUAAGAACCCGAUUCAAUAGGCUUUUUGCUGGAUAUUGAGUCAUCAUGAAUACUGUAGUCCAGGGAUACUUGGCUCCUACAAAUGAUUUUCAGUUGAAUUGCUGCCCAAAAUCAGUGUUUCCUGAGGAAAAUCUUCAUGUUUUUGGGUACAAACUGGAUCCUGGUUUCAACGGAUUUCCUCGCAUCACAAACGGGUCAUCGCCUGUUGAUGAAUCUUGUUCCGAGCGGGAAAUUUCCAAGGAAUUUUCUGUGGAGCUUGGAAAUGGAUCUUCGCCAGUUCCUGAUUCUUCUUCAUCUGAGGGUGAGAUUUCUGAGGAAAUUGAUCAUUCAGAUGCAAUCCUCAAGUUCAUAAGCCAGAUGCUUAUGGAAGAGGAGGACCUGGGAACUAAGCCCUGUAUGCUCCAUGACAGUUUGGCUCUCCAGGCCACUGAGAAAUCCCUGUUUGAUGUCCUCAACAACCCAACCGACGGGAAUGCUGAAAGUCCAAGUGACGUUUUCACCAAAUCUUGCAGCAUUAGCAGUAGUGGGAGUUCCUUAGAUGUCAGCAAUGUCGUGGAGUCUGCUUGGAAUCCUCAUAAUUUGGGGGAUUUUGAAUCCCUCGUCAGUCCUCCCCAAGUUCAGUAUCCUUCCCUGGAUGCUUUUCCGUCGAGUUGGCUGCCCGUUGACUCCUCGAAAGGCUCUUCGACGGGUCCGUUUUGGGCCUCGGAUUCAGCAAAUGAGAUGCAGUUUGUUAACAUGUCCAGUUUAAGCAAAGGGGAAGUUAGUAAUUUCGAACUCUUCAACGAUGAGCUUCUGAGUAAUAACUCGGAACUGUAUAACAAGACUUCUGAUCAGUCUUCAAGCAGCAGCUUGAGAGGAAAGAAGAAUCGAUACAGGGAAGAAAGUGAUUCUAUAGAAGAGCACAGGAUUAGCAAACAGUUGGCCAACAAUGUUGCUGAGUCUGAGCCAUUGGAGAUGUAUGAUAAUGUGCUGCUCUGUGCCAAAAGCCAUAUUUCUAUUUGUGGUGACGAGGAUGAAAUUGAAGCGAAGGAGAAGUUGCAGCAGUACGAGCAACCGAAAGGGUCCAAUAGAGGACGACCGAAAGGAGGUAAGAAAAAUGGCAUCGUCAAAGAAGUAGUGGACCUGAGAAGUCUUCUGAUGCAAUGUGCACAAGCUGUGGCGAGCUACGACAGCCGGACCGUAACUGAUUUACUUAUGCGCAUAAGGCAGCAUUCUUCUCCUCAAGGAGACGGCACAGAAAGGCUCGCCCAUUAUUUUGCUAAUGCUCUCGAUGCUCGUCUGGCCGGCACUGGAAUGGCAUCAUAUACCGCCUAUUCUUCCAUGAGGAUAUCAGCUGCCGAGAUUUUGAAAGCUUACAAGACGUUCAUUACCGCGUGCCCUUUCAAGAAAAUGUCGAAUCUCUUGGCAAACAAAACGAUAGUGAAGCUGGCAACCGGAGUGACCACACUUCACAUUGUUGAUUUCGGCAUUCUAUAUGGGUUUCAGUGGCCUUGCCUGAUCCAGGCCCUGUCGGAAAGACCAGGUGGACCUCCGAAGCUUCGCAUCACUGGGAUAGAUUUCCCCCAACCGGGAUUCCGGCCGGCAGAGAGGGUAGGGGAUACAGGCCGUCGACUUGCCAAGUACUGUGAGAGAUUCAAAGUCCCAUUUGAAUACAAUGCUAUAGCACAAAAAUGGGAGACCAUUAGACUUGAAGAUCUCAAGAUUGAAAAGAACGAGUUGCUCGUGGUGAAUUCCUUGUACCGGCUUCACAACGUGCCAGAUGAAACAGUAAUGGUGAACAGCCCAAGGGAUGCUGUUCUGAACUUGAUCAAGAAGAUCAAACCUGAUAUGUUCAUUCACGGGGUCGUCAACGGCACAUACAACACCCCUUUCUUCGUCACGAGAUUCAGAGAAGCACUUUUCCACUUCUCCUCCCUGUUCGAUAUGUUUGAGGCUACAAUAUCCCGAGAAGACCAGCACAGACGACUCUUUGAAGAGCAGGUGUUCGGGAAGGAUGCUAUGAACAUCAUAGCUUGCGAAGGCACGGAGAGGGUGGAGAGGCCGGAGACUUACAAGCAGUGGCAAGUUAGGAAUCAAAGAGCAGGUUUCAGGCAGCUGGCGCUGGAUCAAGAGAUCGUGAAAUACGUGAGGAGUAAGGUGAAGAGGCAUUAUCAUAAAGACUUUUCGGUGGACGAAGACGGGAAGUGGAUGCUGCAGGGAUGGAAAGGGCGGGUUAUUCAUGCCAUCUCCUAUUGGCAACCUGCUCACAAGUGAUGUUGAUGCUGCCGGUGCCGGUCGAGUGAAGAAUAAACCAGAUAUUCAGAUGAAUUGUUCUUGAAAGUAGAAUGUAGAAUCUUGUUUGCUAUGGCACUUGUGUGGUUUUUACCAUGGUGAGUCUGUACUGGAGGUUUGGGCACUACUAUCUGUCAAGUAACCGUACACUUGGCACCUCUUUUGGUGCCUUUGCUUUGAUUUCAAUAUUUCAUUGAAUUGGUUCUUUUAAGACAAUUUAUUCUGAGUUUCCUUCCAA